CUUUAUCUUUCAUUCCCUCGCCUUUUCGCGCGCCGCCGCACACACCACUCCUCUCCACCUCGCCCAUUCGCUCGUUCUCAGCUGGAAUCGACAGCACCACAAUCGACAGCUGCUUCGCUUCUGUCGAGCCAAUUGCCCGCUAACGUUCUGUCAAAGAUUCUUCAACUCCCAAUCGGCCACCCGCCGUGCCGUUUGUUCCUCACACUAGUCGUCACAUCGUGGUCCCGUCUUUUUUUUAUCGCUUUGCUUUUUGUCGGUUGGUGCACCCGAAGGAAGCAAUUCCGUGCUCUCGUCGUCCCUCUUUUCUGGGACAGACCCCAUCAAUCCCUUUCGGGGCGGAAACCGCAUUCCGACUCCCUUCGUCUGACCAUUGCGGUACAGAGGAGGGGAACUUGACGAUUGCUGGUCGUCGCAGCAGACAAAGGGAGCCCUCACCAGCGCCGCUGCGCUGCUCCUUGCCCGCGCCGACUGUUUAAGCCUCAGAGUAGGCGUGGAAUAAAAGGGAGAGGGACGAACACGCGGGCACACGCCCGUCCACAACUCAGCCAACAUGGAGCCCAUGGUACCAGACACGAUGUCGCAGAGCCCAGCUGUCAUGAUCGAGCGCAUGACCAAGGGCGGUCGUCACCUGUUCUACCAACUAGACGUUAUUCAGCAGCCCGAGCGGGCGCGCGCUUGCGGAUCGGGUCCCAAAUCUACCUCGGACCGUCGCCCUGUCGACCCGCCUCCCGUAGUCGAGCUUCGCAUUUUCGAGGGUCCUCGGCGCGACCAGGCCCGUGACAUCACUUUCACCUACAACGCCAACUUCUUCCUCUUCGCCACCCUCGAGAAUGCCCGCGUCAUCGCCCACCCCCGCGGCCAGCCACCCCAGGCAAGCACAACGCCUGUCCUGACCGGCAUGCCCGUCUCGGGAAUGGCAUACCUCGACCGACCCCAGGAGGCCGGCUACUUUCUGUUUCCCGAUCUGUCGGUUCGCCACGAGGGCCGCUACAAACUCGCUUUCAACUUGUACGAGGAGACGAAGGAGGAUGCGGACAAGGACCCUGACAAUGGCGAACCCCAGGGUGCCUCGUUCGACUGGCGUAUGGAGCUUAAGUCGGCCGACUUCACCGUCUACAGCGCCAAGAAGUUCCCGGGCCUGGCCACGAGCACAUCGCUCAGUCGCACCAUGGCCGAGCAGGGCACGCGGGUUAGGAUACGCCGUGACGUUCGUAUGAGGAGACGCGACGGCAAGCCCGGUGACGCUGGUGAAGGCGACGCCCCCAGACGGCAUCGGUCGCAGACACCCGACUCUGUCCCCAAGGACUACCGUGGCAGGUCAACGAGUGGCAGCACUGACCGCGGCCCGCUAACUGGAGGCGACCCCUCGCGGAGGCCGUCCGACGCCGACUUCAGGCCACCCCCACCCGGAUUUCAAGCACAAGUGCCGCCACCGAGCCACAUGGGAUACAAUGGCGCACCUCAAUAUGCAGCUCCUCCUCCGCGCCCGCACUACGGCCCACCACCGAGCAGCGGCCAUGCCUCACCGGCGCCGCCCCAGUCGCCAUCGUACUCGCAGCACGCACACUCGGCCUACGCACAGCCCCAGCCGCCAACCCCGGCACCACCGUACAUGGACCGCAGAGCCUCGCUACAUCCUUCGGACGCCCGGCUGUACCACCCGUCGCCACAGCGUGAGAGCUUCUCCAGCGAUAGCCGGCGCAUGUCGAUAGCCAGCAACUACGGAGACCGAUCCUCGACGCCACUGUCCGUGCAUGAGCACGCAAAGGCGGUUGACGACUACAGAAGCACAAACUCUGCGUCUUUGAAACUACCCGGCAUCAGCGCAUUGGUGACUCAGGAUCCGAUGCAGGCGCCACCACUGCCAACAGCCGCGGCAGCAGGGCACCCGAUACCACCACCACCCCCGCCCAAUCUCGAUAUAUACAAGCAACCGCCGGUCCUCGUUCCUAGUUCGAACGAGGAGCAAGAAUGUCUGGAUCCCAACAACCCCAAGUAUCUGUGGGCCGAGAAGCACGUCAACUCGAACGGCAAGCGGCAACACCCCGACGACGUCUCGACCAACUGGCUCUAUAGGGCCAACACGUCGGCCAAAAAUGGCCAGCGACCCGAGACGCGCCCGCUUCCCAAGCAUUACACAAAUGUCGACGGUUUCCUCAGGCCACUGGUGGACGACCGCAGCAUUAAUCCCGAAAAGCCCUGGCUCCAGUACAGGACAAGAUGAGGCGCAUCAACCUGGCCUGCUGGCUCGCGACCGAGCUGGCAAGAAAGAGAGAAUACACUACGUUGAAGCAGGAAGACCGGUCCUCUGGGAUGUCAAGGUUUCCGCCGGAAUACGCCGCCGCUCACUAAUGCGCCAUGGCUCUUCGAAAAGGAUGGGUCUCACGCCUCUUCUCCUUUGUUAUUUGGAAGCGUUUUGCAUGGGUUACUAGUCAUGGACAAUUUUAUUUAUCGGAAUGAAUCAUCACCAUUUAUCCAUCUAUUUUUCUUGUUCUUUGCCUUGGCCAUUCGUCAUGCUUUACUCUCCCUAAUCGCCGUUCCGUUUCCACUAGCACUGCUUGGGCAUGGGCUCCGCGCCUCCUAAUCAUAGCUACGAAGGCGUAUGCCAAUGGGGAUAUGGCACUAUUCUCUUGAUUGUUCUUCUUCCAUACUGCCUAUUUGCUGCCAACACAAUGUUCACGCUUGGCCUCCAUCAUCUGUUGAUGCACGGGACGGAGGGAUGGGGUGGCGGGGUACGCGAAAGGAGUCAUUCGUCCAUCUUUUCCAUCUUCUUUGUAGAGGCUCUGGGGUAGGGAACCAAUUUGGGGUUCGGGAAUGUGGCUUUGGGUCGGUCUGGGAUAUCAGGGGGCAAUACUGGUUGCCAUUUUUGUUUGUUUCUUCCUGUCUCUUCCCUAUUCUGAUAUCUCCUCUUUUGGUAGUGGCAGCUGUACCAACCUUGGCUUCCAUGAGAAAACUCGAGACGUGGUUAAUGGACUUGCUAUCUGUGUCCCGUCUGCCCUUUUGCCUUUGCCCGGCCCGGUGAGGACAUGGGUCGCUACUCUUCCGCUUC